UCGUCGAGCGAUAUAUACACACUUCACACUUCAGAAGAAACCCAACAGAGAACACCACCGCCCCUCUGCUGUUUCCAGGCGAAGCUGCAGCUUUCUGGUGGUUGUCUGCAACCAGGAAGAGGAAGAGAUACAGAAACAAGAAUGAGUUACCAGCUGAAGAAGACCAGGAGUGAGGCAACACAGCCGAAAGCGUCGUCUUCGGAAGAACAGGAAAAGAUAAAUGAGGUGCGGGGUCUUCUGGGCAACAUGACGGAGGAGAUGCCGAGUUUCCUGACAGACACCACCAUCCGCCGGUUCCUCCGGGCGCGAAACUGGAGCACGGUGGAAGCUACCAAGGGCCUCAAGGAAACUGUCAAGUGGAGGCGUGUGUACAGGCCGGAUGCAAUUUGCUGGGAUGACAUUGCUGAAAAGGAGCACCAGGCUCGGAGAAUGCGUGUAGCUGAUUAUGUUGACAAGAAUGGAAGGAGCGUCCUCGUAGCAAACAUGUCAAUAAAGCCUAAUGUUUCAGCGAAGGAGCAGAUAAAGAACAUGGUACAUGUCCUAGAAUAUCUUGCCACGAACCCAGGAGAACAACUAGAUGGCUAUGUUGUUUGGCUGGUAGACUUCCGAGGAUGGUCCAUAUCAUCUUCUCCUCUGUCGUUAACCCGUGAAUCCAUGCACAUCAUUCAAAACUAUUAUCCAGGGGUAAUAGGGGUCGCAAUUGCUUUCGAUCCGCCGAAAAUUUUCGAAUCUUUUUGGAAGAUAGCGAAGCACUUCCUUCAGCCAUACAUGAAAGACAGAGUGAAGUUUGUGUAUGCUAACAAUCUAGAGAGCAAGAAAAUAAUCGCUGAUGUGUUUGACUUAGAUAAGCUGGAGGCUUCAUUCGGUGGAAGAAGCACCAGUACUGCCUUUGACUUCAACAAGUAUGAAGAGAGAAUGAGAAAAGGCCACCAGAUGAGAGGAGCUGCAAAGCUGCAAAUGGCUACAGCUCUUCCUAACCAUGACGGAAUUCAAGUAAUUCCUUAUGAGCCGUACAUGAACCUAGCUGAAGAGGUGGAUGGAGACAAGAACGAUCUCGUAUGUCCCACUACUAAAUCUGGAUCUCCUAAGCAUCCAAACCUUCAUCUGCCAGCUUCGUAAACUUGCUACCCUCGUUUAGAGGCUACAUAAACCCAAAACUUAAGUCCCGAGUCUAAAUUUCAUGGUGGAAGGUAUAGAAGUGCAAUCUUGCCGAUCCAUGACAAAAAACUUGGGAUUUACUCCCUUAUUCCAUAUUAAUUUACGCAGACUUAGUAUAAAUCCGCGUAAAUUAAUAUGGAACGGAUGGAUUGCUUGUUUUCAACUAAUAUCAGAUGUAAUAUUCCCCGUACCUGCUACCCUCGUUCUGUAGACAAAAAAAACUAUACAAUGCAAAUAUUAUGCAUGUACAUGUCUUUUUCGGACAGUUGUACCGAAGGAUUAGCGCGCUUUGUGGCGCCGGAAACAAAUCCACCAAACUCCUACAUCUCUGUAAUUUCUUGAAUUAUCAACCAUGCAUUGAGAUUGAAAUAAAUAUGAACAGAUUUCACUCAAGAAAAAUACAUCCUUUCUUGUUAGAGAUGUAAACAUGAAUAGAUAACUGAUUGCUGCAUCUUAAACAUUAGACACUACAGUAAACAUUUUUGUCAAUUGUAGAGUUCGAUCUUUAAAGGUCACAUUUUUGUCUCACUUUAUAAAAAAAAAUAUCUAUAUGAUGUCGGACUACAAUCACGCAGCACUUACAGUUUAAGCCCAAAAAUAAAAAGUCCGUCGAAGGUUUCGACUCUGCAAUUGACGAGGAACAUGGCAGUACUCAUGAAGUUGUAAACAAUAUAAGGCUUCCAUGUAAUGUUUCUAUGAAAUGCAUUCACCACACAUGACCUAAA